AUGGCCUGGACCGAGACAGAGCCUGGCCUUUGGCAGAGGCCAGUCGGUGAAAAUGAGUCCAUGAUCAAGAUGAUCGGAGAUGCGGGUCAAGCCUCGGGCAAGGAUGUGUGGUCCAUCUCGGCAACGGCAUGCUUCACUGCCUCAGUUGAGCCCAAGCCCCUGGCCCAGGCUCUCCGCGAUGGAUGGGCAGCCCUCCGCUUCUGGCACCCAUCGAUUGCCACGACUGCCGAUGGCGACACGUUACACUACCGCGUCCCUGAUGUCCAGCAGCUAACCCAUUGGUUGGACGAAACCUUCACCGUGCUGCAAGGCGAAUUGACCGUCGACCACAUUCUGGGCACGCUUCCACCGCGACCACUCGCCUGCUGCUACUACCUGGAGCAUGACGGGGCAGUGAUACUGCACCUCUCGCAUUGGCGCACUGAUGGCAUCGGGGCCUUUCACCUCCUGGGAGCCUUGUUCAACGCAACCGUGCAGCACCUGCGGGAUGACCCCUACCGGUUGCCCUGGGGCGACGAGACAGUUCGACUCGUUCCCGGCGUCGAGGAAGCCCUGAAACUGCCGACUGAACCAACCGAGGCCAUCCACACGGCGACAAGCAUGUAUCUGAGUACCUUGGGCUUUGCCAAAGGGGCGUUGGGGAUCACACGGCCGCUCGACCUUGGAGAUGAGCUGGAGCCGAUGGCGGCCACGAAGGCGACCAGGCUGCCCACUCUCUCGUUCUCCCCAGACCAGACGGCAGAGUUGCUAUCGGCAUGCUCCCAGCGCGGCCUGCGAUUUGAGUCGGCCCUGCACGCCUCCGUGACGGCCGCAGCCUGCUCUGUCGAGGGACCCACGGCAGCAUCGGACCAGAAGCACCAUACAACCACCCUGCGCCACAGCCUCCGGCCGCAUCUUCCCGCACCGUAUCACGGCGAGGCUGGCGCCGCGGGGCUUUACACGGCCGGCUACUUUGUCAAAGUGCCGACCACGCAGUCCUGGCUGGACAACGCCCUCUACUACGAGUCCGAGUACGCCAAGGGCCCGACCCCGGAGCUUUUGCGCUCUCGCCGAUGGGCGAUGGCUGCAGGUUGA